ACUCCGUGCAUACGCACGCACACCGUCCGUGCGCACAGAACACCGCGGGCAGUCUCAAUUUAACGAGAUACGAUAAUUGCGAAAAUUCUUAACCUAAUAAAUAAUUCUCUUUUAAAAAAACAGUGCAAUCAUGUAAAAUCCAAUAGUCAGUGAAAAAUAAUUGAUUGAAGAGAAUUUAGCGUGUGGAUUUUGGUCUUGACCAUCAAAAACACUUCGAUUGGAUCUCUGAAACGGGAAUGGGAGUAUCAGAUACAUUGAUUUACAUUCUGUUUUCCGAUGAUGCCCUGGUUUCCAGCGAUUGCCGUAGUUACCGACAAGGCAUCGCUUGAGAUCAAGGUUCAGGUUUUGUCCGCGGAGUAGGAGGGCAUAAAGUUGCCAAUCGCGAAAAAAUUCCCUCCAUCCGGAUGUUAAUUCGUAUCGGCUUCCUCCUUUCAUUUUCCUCGUAAACAAUAAAAAAAAUAAUGGUUUCUCAUUAUGAAUUAAUUACCAAACUCCAGAGCUCUUCAAUUUUCUUCAGGCGACAUGCCCUGAAUAAACCAAAAAAAUAGACUUCUCUGUAUCGUAGAGCCGUCCUUAUUCCCCGUAAUUAACAAACAAUUCAUCUGUUUGUAAAUGUUUGUCAUGUUGUCCGCAUAAUUCCGUCGUAAAAUUAUCCCGAAUGACAAGUAUCAACUAAUUAUCUCACCGUAAAGAAUUCCUUUAUCGUUUCUACCACUAAUUUCCUCGGAAAUGUGGAAAUGACGCCGUCAGCUGUUUUCGGACAGCCACCAUGUUUGCGCAGAGCACCUGCGCGAAGUUCAUAAGUUUUCAAUCGCUGUUUCUGUCAUGCGACAAUUGUUAUCGGUCAUUAUCGUGUGAUUACAGGUUAAUUAGUAAUUAUUUUGAUAGUCUUACGUGGUCCGGUGUUGAUUUUAAGAACAAUUCGCAGCUGGGAAUUUUUUUCGUGUGAUUUUUUCCAGUUCAGAAGGAAUUCUGCGGUUUUACAAAAGUUCCGAGGUGUAGAAGCCAUUUUUAUAUGGCGAGCGCGGGAGAGACCGAGGAAUUUGAAGGCUUCCUCGGGUUUUCCGAGGCCGGAGGACAGAAAAGACAUAAAAAACACAAACAUAAAAAACAUAAAAAAAAGAAAUUGGGGGACAACGAGGGAGUCAUCAUCGAUGGUACUAGAAUAAGAAAGAAGAGUUUUAAAGUGAGACUUGCUGCUGAAAAUGAAAAAUUAUCAGAAAAAAGUCGGGAGAAGCCGCCGAAGGUGUCAACGACCCCUCAGGCAGGGCCCAGCACAUCGUCAUCCCCAAAAGUCGUGAAGAAGAAGGUGUCAAAGGGUGGAAAAUCGAGGGACAGUGGAACUAGCAGUGAGGAGGAGCGAUGGCUAGACGCUAUUGAGUCUGGAAAGCUGGAAGAGGUGGAUGACGAGCUGAAAAAAAUCAAACCAAAGGAUCCCAAACUGAUGACAGCGAGACAACGCGCCAUGUUCGAGAGAAAAACAGAUACAGAACCGAAUCCUGGAGUUGAACAGCUCAUGUCACUGCCCACCGGGUAUAAGGAGAAAGUUAUGACAGCAGAGGCCAUUCAAAAAGCUGCUCUCAAAUCAUUAAAAAGAAAGCAACUGGCUGAUGAGAAACGAGAGAAAGAUAAAAAAAAAACGAUGGAGAGAUUGCUGAAGAAACAGGAGUCCAAAGCCUCGAAGAUCACAGGAAAGGGAAAACCCUCGAAGAGACAAGUUCCUUUAGUCACUUAUCGAGUGACACUCGAGGGUAGCUCGAUAUCCUAUCCCCCUGGCGAAGAAUUCCCCCUUCGACCUUUAAAAAUGAAGAAACUUCCGGAAUUGUCACUGUGUGCAGUCCAGCAGUGCCGAAAUCCCAGGAAGUACUCGUGCUCCAAGACUGGCAUUCCCCUCUGCAGUCUCCAGUGCUACAAAGCGAAUCUAGCUGGAAUCAUGACAUAAUCUGAAAUUGUACAAAGAUAAAUAAAUUAUCA